AUGACUGAUCUGAUUGAAAAAUUCCCAAGUGAAUCGAUUCGCAGCAGUUCCUUGCAUCACUGUGUCCCAUCAGUGAUGGGUUUUGCCACAGAUGGAAUUAGAGUUGAUCCGGAAAAGAUAAAGGCAAUUGUUCAGUGGAAAGCACCGAGGAAUGUGUCAGAGAUUCGUAGUUUUCUUGGAUUAGCUAGUUAUUACCGAAUAUUUGUAAAUGGAUUUUCGAAGAUAGCUUUGUCGAUGACAAAGUUGUUACAUAAGAAUGUUCAAUUCGUCUGGGAUGAUCCGUGUCAAGAAAUUUUUGAGAAAUUGAAGCAGAUGUUGACUGAAGCGCCAAUUUUGACUUUACCAGAAUCGAGAAAGGAUUUUGUCGUUUAUAGUGAUGCUUCCUUAAGUGGUCUUGGUUGUGUUUUGAUUCAAGACGGUAAAGUGAUUUCUUAUGCGUCUCACCAACUAAAAAUGAAUGAACGUAAUUAUCCGACGCAUGAUUUAGAGCUAGCUGCUGUGGUUUUUACUCUAAAGAUAUUGAGACACUACUUGUACGCUGAUGCGUUGAGUAGAAAAACAGCAAUUGAAUUGCGAGCAAUGUUUGCUCAACUCAGUAUCAAUGAUGAUGGAAGUUUAAUGGCUGAAUUUAAAAUCAAACCGGUGAUGUUUGAUCGAAUCAAAUGUCAUAACCGAAUCUGUGUUCCAAAUGUUUCUGAAUUAAAAGAGUUGGUACUUCAUGAAGCUCAUGACAGUCCUUUUGCUUUGCAUCCUGGAGGAACAAAAAUGUAUCGCUUUCUGCGAGAAUCUUAUUGUUGGCCAGGAAUGAAAAGAGAUGUGAUCAAGUAUGUUGCUAAAUGUUUAACUUGUCAGCGAGUUAAGGCAGAACAUCAGAUUCCUUCGAAUUUGACUUAUCUUUUGCUCCAUCGUCUUUGUUUUUGCAUGAAUCACUUCGUUCCCUCUUUGAUAAUGGACUCCACUGGUUUUAUUGGUUCUGCCUUAUCAGGGAUUUCAGCUGGCUGCAUUGGUUCGAUCUCUGUGGGAUCUUCUUCUUUUUCUUCUUCGGGUCCUCGCUCUCUUCAACUCGUUGCUGGAGAAUAG